AUGGCGAUGCUGGCACGCGACCGCAGCCUUUCGCCGCCGGUGGCGAAGCAGUUCCUAAUCUACCCCAUGUUGGACGACAGCAAGGUGAAGCAACAGCCCGCCUUGGAGGCAGUCGCGAUGUGGUCGAUAGAGAGAAACAUCACGGCGUGGUCAGCUUAUCUGAGGGCGGACUUUGGCACCGAUCGCGUGUCACCGUGUGCAGCGCCCAUCAGGGCGACCAGCGUCGAGGGCCUGCCCCCGACAUACAUGGAUACGGGGACAUUGGACCUCUACCGCGAUGAGAUUUUGCGACACACGUCACGAAUUGCGGCGGCGCAUAUUGAGACCGAGCUCCAUGUCUUACUGGGACUGCCUCACGUGUACGACUUGUUUGCGCCUUUCUGCGGGCCCUCCAAGCGGGCUAUGGAGGGCCGGAUGCGGCAAAUUCGGAAACUGUAG